AUCAACUACUCCUCACUUUGUGCCCACCCAUUGUCACCUUCAAUCUUUUAAAUUUCAAUGCUUACGUAUUUGUAUUGAUAUCUACUUUUCUUGUACACACACCCUAUUACGGAGAUUUACACACACUUAAAAUACACUGAAAUUGUAAUUUGAAGUCAUGAUUUUUAACUUGAAAAUCACAACUUCAAGUUACGAUUUCAAUAUAUUUCAAUUAUGGUUGUAAUAAACACUACCUUUCUUCUAAAUUCAUUUUCAAGUCAAAAUUGUUCAACUGCUUUAGUAUAAAAGAAACCGAAACCAAAGUAAACCAUAGUGAUUGAAGCAGUACUUGAAGCAAAGCUACCAUGGAAGCAGUACCUGAAGACAUAGUGAUUGUGGGGGCUGGAGUAGCUGGCCUAGCAACAUCAUUAGGACUUCACAGGUUGGGUAUUCGAAGCUUAGUAUUAGAAUCAUCGGAAAAUUUGAGAAGUGCAGGAUAUUGUUUGACAACAUUUACCAAUGCUUGGAAGGCGUUAGAUGCCUUAGGCGUUGGUGACUCUAUCCGGCAACAACAUGAAAGACUUCGCAGGCAGGUGACUAACUCAGCAAUUUCAGGACUUCAAACUUCGGAGUUGCCAUUUGAGAAGGCCAAAGCAAAACAUGGUGAGCAUGAAGUUCGCUGUGUGAAAAGGAAGUUUCUAUUGGAAGCCCUUGCAAAGGAACUCCCAACUGGCACCAUUAGGAUCUCCUCCAAGGUGGUCUGUAUUGAAGAAUCAGGCUUCUUCAAGCUGGUGCAUCUUGCUGAUGGAACAAUCCUUAAAACUAAGGUGUUGAUUGGGUGUGAUGGAGUGAACUCAGUGGUGGCAAACUGGCUGGGAUUCAAGAAAGCAGCUUUUGCAGGGAGAUUGGCCAUCAGGGGCUGUGCAGAAUUCGAGGGUGGUCAUGGGUUUGAGCCCAACUUCAUGCAGUUCUUUGGAAAAGGUGUUCGAUCUGGUGCCAUCCCUGUUAAUGAUAAUUCUGUUUAUUGGUAUGUCACUUGGACUCCCUCGAGCAAAGAGGAAGAGCUAGAACAGGACAGGGCUAAAGUAAAGCAAAUUGUGCUGAGUAAGCUAGGAAAAGUAACAGAGCAAGCAAGGGCUCUAAUAGAAAACUAUGAACUUGAUGGUUUCAUACCAUUGCCACUGAGAUUUAGACAUCCUUGGGAGCUACUAUGGGGAAAUAUCAGCAAAGGCAAUGUUUGUAUUGCUGGAGAUGCACUCCAUCCUGUGACCCCAGACAUUGGCCAAGGAGGGUGUUGUGCCUUGGAAGAUGCUGUUGUGUUAGCCAGGUGUCUUGGUGAGGUUUUAUUGAGAAAACCAAAAGAGAAAGGUGAAGAAGAAAAAGAGGAAUAUAAGAGGAUUGAGAUGGGGUUGAAGAAGUAUGCAAAAGAGAGAGCAUGGAGAAGUAUGAAGCUCAUCAGUGUGUCUUAUCUGGUUGGUUUUAUACAGGAGAGUCAUAGGAAUAUGAUGACCUUCUUGAGAGAUAAUGCAUUGGCUGGAUUCUUAGUAGGUUUCGCGUUGAAAAUGGCUGAUUUUGAUUGUGGGAAGCUUACCAUUUCUUAAAUGCAAUCUUAUAGAAUAUAGAUAUUGCUAUAUAUGCAUGAGCAUGAUGCUGUAGUAAAAUAUAAAGUUUUUCUUUUCAAUCUGAAUCCUGAAAAAAAUAAAUAAAUAAAUAAGAAAAUGCAAUAGUUGCAAUAAUUUAUUUCC